CACUGGCCAGCGAGAAUUCUGAAGGAAAGGACAAUGGCAUACUUCCCUGUGUGAAUGAUGGCAUAGUCUCCUUAUUUUUCACAUUCACACAUAAUUCUGGAGGUCCCGUAAAUUUCCUGUCCCAAUUCUUCACGAGGAACGUGUCAGCAAUUUCUAAAUUAUGGACUGAGGCCAAGAUACACCAAUUGGACUUCGAUGAUGCCUGAUUACAUUACACAACUAACAGACCACUGUUCACACAUUAAAUUCACUAUGGCAUCCCCCCUCCCCAUCCGCGUCACUCUGCGACUGUUCUACCUCCCCCUUCACUCGAAAUAUCUGGAUAGGUUAAAUCAGCAUCACAUUUUAAUACACAAUUGUUAUAUUAUUCAAAUUUAUGUAUGCUGAAUUUUAGAAAAUUCAAAAAUUUCCAGUUACAUCCAAUCUUCAUAUUUACACAAUCGUUGCUGCAUUAACAUGAUACUCACACACUUGCCUUGUGAUCAGCCAUGAUGGAGGUCCUGGUGAACGGGGAGCUGGACAUGGAAGUGAUCGUCAACCACAAGACUCUCGACAACGGCCUCAACAUCAUUCAGCUGGAGCAAGCAGUUGGUGGUGCCGUCAAGUGCUUCUCAGGAUCUCUAGGCCUCAACGUUCCCCGCUCUCGCUUCCUGCCGGUGAAGAAGACGGACGACCUGCUGUUGGUCAUGAGUAACCUAUACUGCCUGCAGCAAGCCACUCUUAGCAUGUCACCCCUACGUAUGUUCGAUACUACGCCUCUGGUCAAGCUUGGCUCACAGUUCGGCAGGGUUCAGGUGAGGCUCAGGUGAAGGGUAGAGUUCAGGUGAG